AAUCGCUCCUGUCGCAGCUGCUGAAUGCGCAUGCAGGGCCAAGUAGGCUGCCAGUCUCUGCCGGUGCUAGUGCCGGUUGUGUGUUGAGGCUCGUUAGUGGCGGCCAACGCGAAUGCGGAGCGUGUGUAAUAAAGCGAAUUGCCGAGUGAAUAGUGCACAUUAACGGUGUAUGUGCUUUUUUCCAAUUCUUAUUCGUUUUUAUUUUAAUCCCCCGUAUGCAGGGCCAAUGCGGCGCUAAACGCGAUAAUUCGUACGUUUGUGACUAAGCAAGAGGAAUUGAUUAUUUGUUGCUAGUGUUUCUUUUUACAAUAAUAUUUUCUAAACAAUAUCGCUAUGAGUUUCGUGUAUCGAUAGAAGUGAAAAAUGGCAGCUAGAGUGAAUUCUGUUGAAAAUAAUUGUGUAUGCAAGAUUAAUAGGUGAUAGUGGUGGCUGAAAAUUAUUAUGGAACGUGCGAGGUGUGUACAUGCAAACAUACAUACAUAUACAUAUGAUUGAAAAAUAUGCAGUAGCAGUGUAGGAAGUGCAAGGAGAAAAGUGAACAGUGUUAAAAAUAAGUGCGUGCUGUAUUCAAUGACAUACACACAAGUGUAAGUAUAGAAUGCAGUUAUUAAGUAUACAUUAUGAAUUGUGAAAAAAUGCAGUUUCAAUCGUGAAAAAAAUGCAUUUUCUGUGCGAAAAGUGCAAGUGUACCAUAAAUCGCUGUAAAGUUGAAUGAAAAGUUUUGCAUAGCUUACAAAGGAAUUCAUAAAUAUUGCAGUUAAGGUGAGUGCUAAAGAAAAUGUGAAAACAUGGAACACUAUAUAAUCCAAAGGAACUAACCAAAGAACCUACAAGUCGUUAUUUUUUAAGGAUCACCGUGAUACUUUUAGAAGAUAAGAGGACGCUAGAAAUAUCCCAUCUAUUACAUAGUUAAACACGCAUUUUAAGCCAAAAAAAUGACUGUCAACGGGUUGCUAGGACGCUCAGUGCUAACUGAUGGAUCUCGCUCGAAUCGACGUUCGUUGGUUUCACUCAUUGUGGGUCUGGUCGUCGGUUUCUGUCUCGCCGAAAUGUUCAUACUCUCGACGCCGGCUCGCCACGAAUAUCUGCCAUAUGUGGGCCAUCAACAUGGCGACGUGAACGAUGCGCACAACAGUCACGAUAUGCUCGGUGAGGAGGGGCCGGAAACGGAUAUCGGCACGCAUCAACAUGCAUAUGAAAAUAACAGCAUAGCGACGAAAUUGCAUAACGAGGUGCGUGUAUUGUGUUGGAUCAUGACAAAUCCGAAGAAUCACAAAUCGAAAGCGCGUCAUGUGAAACGUACGUGGGGCAAACGCUGCAAUAAGCUGGUGUUUAUGAGCUCUGCGGUGGAUGAGGAAUUGGGUUCGGUGGCGUUACCAGUGCAGGAAGGACGCAACAAUUUGUGGGCGAAAACAAAGGAAGCAUUCAAAUAUCUAUACGCACACCAUUUGGACGAUGCGGAUUGGUUCUAUAAGGCAGACGAUGACACCUAUGCGGUUAUGGAAAAUAUGCGGUAUUUGCUGUAUCCCUACUCACCGGAGACACCCAUAUAUUUUGGCUGCAAGUUUAAACCAUUUGUGAAACAGGGUUACAUGUCCGGUGGUGCUGGCUACGUACUGAGCAAAGAGGCCGUACGUCGAUUUGUCGAGAAAGCCAUACCGAAUAAGAAUUUCUGCAAGCAGGAUAACAGCGGUGCAGAAGAUGCUGAAAUCGGCAAAUGCUUGGAGAAGGUCAAUGUAAUCGCUGGCGAUUCACGUGACGAAAAUGCGCGUGGGCGUUUCUUUCCAUUUGUGCCAGAGCAUCAUUUAAUACCAUCGCAUACGAAUAAAGAUUUCUGGUAUUGGCGUUAUAUCUACUACAAAACCGAUGAGGGCUUGGAUUGCUGUUCGGAUAAGGCGAUCUCCUUUCAUUAUGUAACGCCGAAUCAAAUGUAUGUCUUGGAUUAUUUGAUCUAUCACUUACGGCCGUACGGUAUUAUCAACACACCCGAAUCGUUGCCAGAACGGCUGAAAGUGGGCGAGACUCUGCCACCGCCUGUGGAACAGGCAACAGUUGCAAGUGAAACGGAGAAGGCGUUGAAGGCCACGACAUGAGCGGGAGCUUAGAUACAUAUAUACAAUAUGUAUAUUUCUAUUUAUAUUGCCAGCUUUGUAAAUGUUUUUUUUCUCCAUUGUGUAUACUAUUUUAGUACAUAUUUGUAUAUAUGAAUGCGCGUUUCAGUACGUAUUUGCCAUAGCCAGUAGCUGCUACAAUUUCUUGUU